GAAUCACUUGCAAACCUUCUCUUCGCCCACCUCCAUCCCCAAAUACACUCCAUGGAUUUGCAUAAAUUUCUUCUCUCAGCGCUGCUGCUUUCACUUCUGAACUAUGCAUCCUCUGCUGCCAAAUCAUGGGAGGAAGAAGACUUCCUCAAAACUUGUCCAUCACAUAGAUGCAACAAACAUCAUGGGCCAGAGAUCAGGUUCCCGUUUCGGCUUUCAACCCACCCUCGAUCAUGUGGCGCACCUGGGAUGCAGUUGUCAUGCUCUGGCCAUCACACAAUCCUAGAUCACCCAAUUCUUGGUUCCUGCAAAGUGACUGCAAUAUAUUACAAGCAUCUUGUCAUGAACGUCAUCCCACUCGUGUACUCAUCAUCAAGCUGCCCGCUUCAGAAGCUCAUCUCAACAAAUCAAUCUACUGAUGUGUAUAGACCUAUUCAGCGGGGUUCUGAUGAUUCAGUACUAGUAGGUUGCUCAAUUGAUUCUAUAGCAACAAAUCAAGAAGGUAUAGUUGGCCCAAGCUCUUGCCUAAGCCUCAGUAACAACGCAAGCCAGUUCUGGUAUCUGGUGCUAUCUCAAACAGAUAUGUCUACUCUUCCCUUAGGGUGUGAGGUGGUCGCAAAAUCCAUCCCAAUACCCUACACUUAUGAUAAAAAUGGUCCACAAAAGUUUCAGACAUUCUUUGGCAAGCCACUCUUCAAAGAUAGGGCAAAAGGAGCAAUCGACUUAGGCGAAACACCAUUGAAUUGGAGCCUCAGCAGCAUUACCAGCAUUUGUCAAAGGUGUGAACAGGAAGGGCGACAUUGUGGAUUCAGUUCAGACCAUGGACAAGCAUUCUGCCAGCAUCACGGUUCGAAUGUCAAACUCAUUGCAGUUACAACAUGGGUAGCCACCUUCAUUGUUCUGGUGACCACUGCACUCUAUAUUGUUGUCGUGACCACUGCACUCUAUCUUUUACUGAAGAAAAGAUAUAAUGAAGCAAUACAUUUGAAAGUUGAAAUGUUUCUCAAGACAUAUGGCACCUCCAAACCCACAAGGUACACUUUCUCUGAAGUUAAGAAGAUAGCAAGACGGUUCAAGGAAAAAGUAGGCCAGGGUGGAUUUGGAAGUGUUUACAAAGGACAGCUACCAAAUGGUGUACCAGUGGCGGUCAAGAUGUUAGAGAACUCUACAGGCGAGGGAGAAGAUUUCAUCAACGAAGUAGCAACCAUUGGGCAAAUUCACCAUGCAAAUAUUGUCCGCCUCCUGGGAUUUUGCUCUGAAGGAACAAGACGCGCGCUUAUUUACGAAUUCAUGCCUAACGAGUCAUUGGAGAGAUAUAUAUUCUUGCAUGAUUCCAGUAUUUCCCAAGAGCUUCUAGUACCUCAGAAAAUGCUAGAGAUUGCUAAAGGCAUUGCUAGAGGAAUGGAGUACCUACAUCAAGGAUGCAACCAGCGCAUCCUCCAUUUUGACAUCAAACCUCACAACAUCUUGCUAGACUACAGCUUCAAUCCAAAAAUUUCGGAUUUUGGCCUUGCUAAGCUGUGUGCAAGGGACCAAAGCAUUGUUACCUUGACUGCAGCAAGAGGCACAAUGGGCUAUAUUGCCCCGGAGAUAUAUUCUCGGAAUUUUGGUGGGAUAUCAUACAAGUCAGAUGUUUACAGUUUCGGCAUGCUGGUGUUAGAGAUGUUGAGCGGAAGAAGAAACUCAGACCCAGGUAUUGAGAACCAAAACGAGUUUUACCUCCCACAGUGGAUCUACGAGAGAGUUGUCGCUGGGCAAGACCUGGUACUUAAUAGGGAAAUUACAAAAGAGGAGAAAGAAAAGGUGAAGCAGAUGGCCAUUGUGGCACUCUGGUGCAUGCAGUGGAACCCCAAAAACCGUCCAUCAAUGACAAAGGUGGUAAACAUGCUGACAGGAAGGUUGCAGAAUCUACAUAUACCACCUAAGCCGUAUAUCUAGUCUGAAAACCAUCAUAUGUUAUAAAACAUGGAGGACUUUUUUUUGUGAAAGUUUAAAACAUGGAGUACCUUGAUUUAGCAAGCAUGGUCAGGAGUCAGGAGUUACGCUUGAUUUCACGUGUGAACAACUAAACAUAGUAAUCCUUAGACGUAGCAUACACUGUAUUUGGAUCAUUCCACUGUAUCAGGUCACAUGAGGGUGCCUUUGUUAGUCUUUGCUGUGUAAUAACUUAAUUCGAAACAUAUCACAUGGAAUUUAAUUUCCAGUGUCAUGGUUCAAUUGUUGAGGUUGCCUAGAAAAGCUGUUACUAUAAUU